UGCACGAGGAAGCCUUCGUGCCCAUCCUGCACCGGGACCUCAAGUCCAGCAACAUCUUGCUGCUGGAGAAGAUCGAGCAGGACGACGUCUACAACAAGACGCUGAAGAUCACGGACUUCGGGCUGGCCCGAGAGUGGCACAGGACCACCAGGAUGAGUGCAGCCGGCACCUACGCUUGGAUGGCCCCCGAGGUCAUCAGGUCCUCUCUCUUCUCCAAGGGCAGUGACGUCUGGAGCUAUGGCGUGCUGCUGUGGGAGCUGCUCACGGGAGAGGUGCCCUACCGUGGCAUCGACGGUCUUGCUGUGGCCUAUGGAGUGGCGGUCAACAAGCUCACUCUGCCCAUCCCGUCCACCUGUCCCGAGCCGUUUGCCAAGCUCAUGAAAGAGUGCUGGGAGCAAGACCCUCACAUCCGCCCGUCCUUCGCCUUGAUUCUCCAGCAGCUGACCGCUCUAGAAGAGGCCGUGCUGACCGAAAUGCCCCAGGAUUCUUUUCAUUCCAUGCAGGAUGACUGGAAACUGGAAAUUCAGCACAUGUUUGAUGAGCUGAGAACCAAGGAAAAGGAGCUGCGGUCCCGGGAGGAGGAGCUAGUGCGGGCUGCUCUGCAACAGAAGUCUCAGGAAGCCCUGCUCCGGCGCCGGGAGCAGCAGCUGGCAGCUCGUGAGAUCGACGUGCUGGAGCGAGAGCUGAACCUCUUGAUCUUCCAGCUGAACCAGGAGAAGCCGCAGGUGAAGAGGAGGAAGGGCAAGUUCAGGAGGAGCCGCUUGAAGCUCAAAGAUGGACAUCGCAUCAGUCUCCCCUCAGAUUUCCAGCACAAGAUAACCGUGCAGGCCUCGCCCAGCCUGGACAAGCGCAGGAGUCCAGACAGCAGGAGCCGCAGCCCGCCCAGCAGCCCCGCCAUGCUACCCCGGCUCCGGGCCAUCCAGCUGACUUCAGAUGAGAGCAAUAAAACGUGGGGGAGGAACGCAACCUUUCAGCAAGGAGAAUUUGAAGAUGUUGGAAGGAAUUUCAAGAGAAAGGGUUGUACGUGGGGACCAAACUCAGUUCAAAUGCAAGAAAGAACCGAUGUCAGAGAGAGGAUCAGGCCUCUCUCAGAUGGAAACAGCCCUUGGUCGUUUCACUUAAUAAAAAGUCAGAAAUCCACGCCGUUGGCUUCGUUAUUUGCGGACCAGCCAGGGUCCUGUGAGGAGCCAGCCCCUUCCCCUGGCGGGUCCGAACGCAGAAGACCAAAGCCAGUGAAGGUGCCCGGACAGGCCUGUGUUGACCUGCCUCUUGGGAAAGAUGGUCAGAAAGAGAAGCUCGUGGAGGCUGAGGGCCAAGAGGAGGGCCCCCCGGCCAGCCCUGCCACGGGCUCCUCUCGGGUGACACCUAUGGCCAGCCUGCCUGGACCACCCCAGAGAAGGAAAACAGACACGGCCUUGUACAGGUGCACGGCCCUGCUGGCCUCGGUGGCUUUGGGGCUGGAUGUCAGGGACCUUGGCAGAGUGCAGGCUGCUGAAGAACUGCUGCCCAGGGAGGAGAAGAAGAAGCGAGAGGGGCCCCUGCAGUGGGCCACCAGGUCCCGCGCGAGUGUCAGCCCACCCCCCAGGCUGCCGAGCCCCUCCGACCCACCAACAGGCACUCCAGGCCCUCCCUCUAUGCCCUCUCCGGCCACCAGGUGCUGGCUGCAGACAGAUAGCUGUGAGCCACCCGAGAGCAGCACACGCGUGCCUGGGGACCCCGAGGUGCCUACUCCGGAUUUCUCUCCAUCGACUCCGGGCUGCAGCUGUGUGCCUAGUCCCAUGCCAAGGGCUGAGGCUGGUCACACUGUGCUGCAUGGCCCUUUUCCUUCCCUCCAGGAGCAGACAUGUGGGGACAUUCCUUGUUCCCCAGAAGACAGAGCACAGCGCAGCCGACGACCUGCGUCUGGGGAGAGAGCUUCUCAGACCCCAAGUGCUCCCGGGGCCUCUGAACUGCCACCUCUAGCCUCCCCUGGCCCUGCUUGCGACUCACCAAGCGAAGUCCCUCCUGAGCAGCACCCAGCUGUCAUGGUCAUGCCUCUGCCGCCCCCUGCUUCCUCAAGAAGCCCAUCUGAUGUGCCACAGGCCGUCCCACAGAGGUCAGCGUUCCUUCCUGUGUGGGUGGCUGAUGGUGGCCACACAGGACCAGGCCCCACCUGCCUUCUUGGUGCCCAGGACAGAACUAGGUUCCAGGCACCAUCCUUGCUGGACACUGAUAUGGAAGGGCCGACCAGGGAGGGCGUGGUGCCCUUGUGCGGUAUGCAGAGCGUGGCUUGCCCGCCGGCCGUCUGCGCCCUGGAGAGGAAGUUUCUGACCUAGUGCCACUGCUGUUCUGGCGUUUGCCCCAAGACCCCGUCUACACCUUUGUGUUGUGUCCAGCUGCUGUCCUCGAAGCUGUGGCCUGGAUACUCCGUGACGGGAUCACAGCUGGUGCUCGAGUGAGGCUGGCCUGUGGACGAUCCUCUGCGGCGGCCUCUGCCCUCUUCGGCAGCUGUGGAUGGGUAUCCAGGAGGAGCGACCUUUUCAUUCUCCAGUGGAGUGUUGAAAAUGCCAGUCACACAUGCCCACUGUGCUCACAGAUGUUACCUGUCAUAAACAUUCACGUCACAGGGCUCCACGUUUCUCUGUUAGCCCAGGGUCAUCCCAGCCCAAGUACCCUAACCCCUGCCAACACAGAAGGGAUGGUGGUGCUGGAAUGUGAGCCCUGUGUCCUCACUCUACCUGUGCUUACAUGUAUGAUCUUACAGUCAUAAAAUUGACCACCGGGUUACGGGGACAGGAGUGGCUCAGCAGGAGCUCAUGGAUUUGCCUAAGUUUCUCAUCUCUUCUGUCCCUGGAUUGUCAUAUAGAAGACAGUAGAUAUUAAAGUCUUUUCAUACGAUGAAAAACUAAACUGUA